GUGUUUGCCGAUAUUCCAAUAUAGAGUUGCUUUCAUAUUUAUGUAGAUUCAUUUUUGUUAUUGGUGUUUGUGGUUGUAAAUGACUACACUUCUCUUAUAGCCAAUAGAUGUGGAUACGUUUUGGGCAAGAAGACUGCAAAGAGUUCACAUGAUUACUUGGUUAUGUCUCCGUCAACGACAAAUUUAUAUGCCUCCCACCAAAGCCAACACUUGGAGCUUUAACUAUUCUUGUCUUCCUUUUUUGGUGAAUUAUCUUCCCAAUUUGGUUUAUGUAUACACGCCAUAGACAAAUUAAUUUUAUUUGUAGUUAUAUAAAACUCCAAUUUUGUAGUGGUUACUGUUUCAAGUUGAGAAAUUUUAGAAGAGGUGAAAAAAAAAGUUUCUCUUUGGCCCGACUACUUGAAAUUCCAUUCUCUCUGAACAAAGGAGAGAAACUUGAGGUCAGUUUUGAUAGGUUCUCUUCUUUUUCUUCUCAUUUGAUCCCAUCAGUCAAGGGCUGUAUUGGCCCUUGUUUCAGUAUCUUGAUUUUGUUCUUUCUGCGCUAUGUAAAUACCUAUAUCUGUUCAUGUCCGAGUCUGAUAAAGAAAUUUCUAGAGUUGGUAGUACAGUUGAUGAUGAUGAUGAUUAUGAUGGAGAUGAUGAUGAUCAGACGGUUGAAGGUGGUGGUGGUGGGGUCCAUGGGAAUGAGGGUGAGGAAAAUCAUGGAGGGUUUUCUUGGACACAGAAAUUUAGACGAAGGGUUAAGAAGGUGGUCCUAUUUCCAGUGGCAAAGGCAAAAAAGCAACUCUAUAAGAGAAGACAAAGACUACAAAACAAAAGGGCUCCUCUUUCUGAUGAUUUUGCAGAUGCUGAAAGGUCAAACUUUUGCGUGCUCUAUUGGUUUCAGCUGAUUCUUAAGACUGGAUUUUGGCGCACAUCUAGAAAAUUUUCAUGUUAUUGGUCAAAUACAUUGUGGACGAUCAUGUGGCAUUUACCAUUGUUUCUUGAAGUUUUGACUCCAAAACAAUAGCCUAAUCAAGCUCUGGCAUAUUUGUUUGAUGAAAAAAGAAGAAAAGAGCACUGUGAUCCACUGCCCAAUUAAAACAGGUUAUUGAAAUCCCUUCUAGUUUUUCAAUUGCAGAGAAAUUUAGUAUACUUAUAGGUCAAUAUUGUCAAUAUUCAUAUUCUUAAGACAUGAUUUCAUCAUUUCAUUCUUUGCGCACGAUAAAGUGUGAUUGAGUUCA